CGGGACCAGGCCGGUGUGAUUGAAGCUGAUACAUUUGACCAGAAUAAUAUUUUAAAAAUGAGUGAGCCAGAACUGUUACUGGAUUCCAAUAUUCGACUAUGGGUUGUGCUUCCCAUAGUAUUCAUAACCUUCUUUGUGGGAAUGAUUCGCCACUAUGUUUCUAUCCUGCUUCAAAGUGACAAAAAGCUCACUCAAGAGCAAGUGUCUGACAGCCAAGUUCUGAUUCGAAGUAGAGUUCUCAGAGAAAAUGGAAAGUACAUUCCAAAGCAGUCUUUUCUGACAAGGAAGUAUUACUUCAAUAAUCCUGAUGAUGGUUUCUUUAAGAAAACUAAAAGGAAGGUAGUGCCGCCUUCUCCAAUGACAGAUCCUACCAUGCUGACAGAUAUGAUGAAAGGGAAUGUAACAAAUGUGCUGCCUAUGAUUCUGAUUGGUGGGUGGAUCACCAUGACCUUCUCAGGCUUUGUCACAACAAAAGUCCCCUUUCCUUUGACACUGCGUUUUAAACCAAUGCUACAGCAGGGUAUUGAGUUGCUUACUUUGGAUGCAUCAUGGGUAAGCUCUGCCUCUUGGUACUUUCUAAAUGUGUUUGGACUUCGAAGCAUUUAUACCCUCAUCCUUGGUCAAGAUAAUGCUGCAGAUCAGUCCAGAGUUAUGCAGGAGCAGAUGACAGGAGCAGCCAUGGCCAUGCCUGCUGAUACAAAUAAAGCAUUUAAGACGGAAUGGGAGGCUCUAGAACUGACUGACCAUCAAUGGGCACUAGAGGAUGUUGAAGAGGAACUCAUGGCUAAAGAUCUCCACUUCGAAGGCAUGUUUAAGGAAGAGUUGCAGACGUCCAUGUUCUGACAUUCUUCAUAUGAUUGGCAUUCAAUAAGUUCUGUUUAAUACCUACAGUGUAUCCUGAUGGAUAGCCAGAAUAAACAUGAUCAGAAUUUAUGUGAGUUACCGAGCUGCGGGCAAGGUCUCAUCUGAUGUCAUUUCAGUUAUGAUGGAGCUGUGGCAUGCCACCUGUGGGUGGGUCAGAGACUAAGCUUCUAAACAUAUAGCUGUUAACCAAACUUACUGGCAGAAGCAUGUGCAGGAUGGUUUGAAAUUGACAGCUCUGGAAGAUUUUUAGAAGUCUACCAGCUGGUACUCUGGAAAUAUUUUAAGCAUUGUCUCUUAAUAUUUCUUGAAAUAUUGGUAUAAGAUUAUGUCCUGAAGCUUCUUUCAUUGCUGGGGUUCAGAUUUAAAACAUUUGAAUAACUACCAGUCUCUAGUUAUUUGGGUUAAAAUAGAGGGAGCUUCCAGAAAAGGUUCUCCCUACAUGUUUCCAUCCAGUGGUCUAGACACUGAAAUACUCUCCUCUGUCCACUAGAGGGCAAGAUCUUUUGAGAAGAUUGACAUGGCCAGUCACUGAACAAGGAAUUACUUUUUCCGUUCUUGCUUAUGUUGCUCCUGCCUCAUCAAUGACCAGGCACAGAUUUGAGUUCUGCUCUGCUUGGCCAGUAGCGAAACACUGAUUAUAUCAAAAGUACGCAGUUGAACCCUUCAACUUUAGCUGUCUUCAGUCCCUAGAUCCAUUUGUAAUUGUAUUUCUUUCAUGUAAGUAUUUGAUUGGAAUGCUAGUAAGACAUGUGCUGGAACCAAGGGAAAUCCCUUUUUUAUUAAGAGAUUGUUCUUGCCUUUGGAAAACAGGCUUGAGGUUUUAACCUUAUUACUUCCUUAAGGAACAAGCACCUAAAGUCUCAAUGUCUAUAUAACCUAAGCCCCCUUGUGAUUUGUGUUCUGUUGCUUUUUGGAGAGUCGUAUGUAUAAUAAAAAUGCACAUUCCUAAAGUUCAUAAUGCUAGAACUAGGUUGACUAAAUAAAGGGUUCUUGUUUAUUUCUCAGCCAAAAGCAGAUAGUGGCUGUGAAUCAGUUGUCAUCACACUGUAAUAGUAACAUAGCACAAAUAGAUAAAAAGCUGCUGAAGCUGUAUUCUUAGCUAUCUGAAGCUGGUCAGAAGGCUAAUAUUGGGAAUAUUAGCUUUUCAGGGUAACAUUUGGCACUAACCUUGAUGUGAUAGCCUAUGUUUUUAUGCAUGAGAACAAUGACGGGGGGAAGUUUACCGCCCUUGUAUUUUUAAGAAACAAGCUGGUGUUUAAAGUAAUUAACCAGAACCCUAGGCAGCUCAUGUUGCAACUUUUUCCAGCUCAAAGCCUGUAUUGCUUCAGUGGAACCUGGUGUAGACUGCUUUUGCAGCAGUAGGUCAGCUUUAUUUAUGGUUCAUGAUGCAAGCGUAAUUCCUUACUCUCUAAUAUAUUAAAGACAUUGUUUAAUAGUCAACUUCAAGAUGUUUGCAUUUUAUUUGCUACUUCUAAGCCAGUCACCUCACUUCUAUUAAUUCUUAUUCUUGUGUGGAAAGUGGUUUUAUGCAAAAUAUUUUCUAAACAACACAAUAAUUUGGCUUGCAUCAAGAUGCUAAGCUUGCAUCCAACAUAACAGUAAAAGGAAGAGCCAACAAAGCUAGAUCAACAAAACAGAGCUACUUCCAUCUCUGAUGUGCGUCAGGUAGUGGGGGAUGGGUCCAGACACUUGCCCGCUCCGUGUUUGUGGCAUACAUGUGGAAUGUUCUUCUGUGGCAAUGGUCUGCUGAACAUCUUUUUGUGUUGUAUAUGAAUCAGUUACUGCUCUGGAUUGUAAACCUGAAGAGUAAAUGGCACUAGAUGAUGCUUUUUAAAGGGCGGGUGGAAGAAAUAAUACCUCUGGUUAUUCUAAAGAUUCUCUGAGUAUAUUAACUUCAGUUCUGAACUUAGUUUUUCUUGUAUCUUUAGCUGUCCCUGCAAGCUAUAUUGUCUUAAGCUGCUUUUGCCUUAAUGUAGAACACAGGUGGGGAACCUUUUUUCUGUAAAUAUUCUUUGACCAACAGGAAAAAUCAAAGCCUUUGUCAGAGGUGGACAAAGUUUGCAGCAUUUCAUAUCUAUUUAUGUGCUACCCUGUCCUUCCAUGUGUACCAUUUUGCAUGGAAUCAGGCUGGACAUUGCAGAUUCUUUGCUCCAGAUAUAGAUAAUAGGGCUUGCACCAUUUUGCAUUUUAACUAGUACUCAUGACAGCCUUUGAACAUGCUGUAGCUGUAAUUAAGAAUUGCAGAUAUCAUUUUAUUGGGAACAGUGGUUCAGUGAAAUAUAUUUUGGCGUGUUCAUGUCUUAUUGCAAAAUCCUUGCCUCAUCUCUGGAAACUGUAGAAACCCAUUUUGGCGUUUUUCCAUUGUUUAUCUGUUUAGGGUGGGCCACUCUCCUCCCAUCAGAGUAACUCCCUGCUGGCAUCUGCCUUCUUGUGUGGGUGGAUACCACACCAAAAUCUUAGGCCCUAAACGUUAAAAGGUAAAGAGAUAUACAAGAGUUCCUUCCAUUGCCACUAGCUCAGCUUUACCCAUGACAUAGUUGAAGGGAGAACUGUAUUUGUAAAUAAAGGAGACAAAUCAAAAGACAA